UACCGCAACACUUAAGAGUAGUGUCGUGGCUCCAAUCCUUUUCUCUCUCCUCUCUCCAUCCAUCUUGUUAUAUUAGUUGUGCAGCGUUUUGUCUUGUUUUGGCCUGCCCUUUAUUCCUUUGUCUCUAUAGAAGUGAUGGCUUGGUUAUCACGCCUCUCCGCUGUCGCGGCUCUCGCGACAGUGUCCCUCGCUGCAGAAGCAUCAACAACAUCAUCAAAAUCUUCCGCCGCCGAGCCCUGUGCACAAAUUGCGGCUUUGUUUAAGAAGAACACAUUCCGAUUUUCAAGUCAGCUUGGACUUGCCUGUUUGGAAUCAUUACCAUUCAAGUCCGACCUUGCAGUGAGCUUCGUCGAUGAGUACACCAAAUACCUUCAAUGGCAGUCUACCACCGAGAUUUUGAGAAAUCCACCAAAAGGCUCUCUGUCCGCCACCGUAGAUCUCUUUGGUGGCAUGGCAAAUAUCCGUGAAAGAGCAGCCGCGAAUCUAUACCAGUCUCAAUACGACUUUGACCUCGACUUGGACCAUCUCCUCGGCUUUGCGAACGAUGGCCAUCUUUCCAUUCAGCCUUGCUCAUUCGUCAUUCCUUUCAUCAACCCUAUUUCAUUAGUUUCGCUGUCCAAAGAUGGUGUCUCUAUUCCUCAAAUUUACACUUCCACGGACGGCACACUGCUGGCAAGCGGAAACACAGACGUAUCCCCUGUCAUACUUAUCAACGGAGUUGGUACUGAGGUGUAUCUCGAGGAGCUCUCCGAGAAUGUCGGUCUUCAGGACCCCGAUGCUCGAUACAAUUCCAUGCUGGCCAACGUGCCCAUCAGUCGCGAUGGCUCGCCGAACCCCGGUGGCUUUUCGUUCUUUGGCACAUUCCCAGGCGUCCAUGAAUUCAACCUGACAUUCGCCAACGGAACCGAGGCUUCUUUCCCUCUCAGCGCAGGCAUCAGCACAACAGUCGGCGACUUCACUUUCCAAAGUGGCGAUGAGCUGUGGAAAGCCGUCUGUGACCCUGCAUCUGCUAAAACUGAAAAGAGAUCUAUCCAGGACAUUAAGAAGAAGGUCAAGCGUGCAGAUGGCGAUGCAAAGGAGCUCCCUGCACCUGAGACAUACCCCAAGCCUACUGUCAAGGAUCCGUUCAACUUGUUGGUCGGAUAUCUUCCUGACGACUCAGCACUCAAAGACGUCGCUGUCUUGACUGUUCCUACAUUUGAGACUUCCGGCGAUGGCCUCCCAGAUGACCAGAUUAAGAACUUUGCUCUCGAGGCUCAAGAUUUUGUUCACAAGGCUGUCGCUGCCGGCAGGUCCAAGAUCAUCAUCGACGUGACCAACAACGGCGGUGGUGUUGUCGACUCGGGCUUUGGUUUGGUCAGCAUCUUCUUCCCCAACAUGACCAUCUUCUCAGCAACCAGGUUCCGCUCCGUUCCUGCAACCCAGUUCGUUAUUGAGACCAUCAACCGUGUCAAGAACCCUAGGGACUCACCACUGUCCAAUCUCGGCUUCUUUGUCCCUGAGCUCAUCAAGCCGGACCAGAAGUCUACAUUCAAGUCUGUGAAUGAUUUCCAGGGUCCCUUUUAUGCAACCGGUGUCCCCUCAACGGCAAUUGUCGCCGAGAACGACUUUAUCGAGACAGACUCGAAAACUGCCCCCAUCAACAUCUUUGGUCUUGGAGGAGGCCUCAACGGAACAUCGCCGCCUUUCAAGCCCGAGAAUAUUGUCAUUCUCACUGACGGCCAAUGCUCCUCCACUUGUACCAUCUUCAUCAACCACAUGAUUCCCUAUGGUGUCCGUGUUUUCGCUUCAGGUGGCCGACCGCAAAACGGUCCCAUGCAAGGAAUCGGCGGUGUCAAGGGAAGCCAGGUUCUCGACAUUGCAACCAUCUCGGCUAUUUACGAUGAGGCCAACGGACUGGUGCAGAAUGCCACUGACGCCAAGAAGCCUCUUUUCACCGACAAGGAAUACGCCGUGUUUUCGGGUGCCAUUCCCACUCCCCUUGAGAAGCUGCCCAUCAGACUCAACGGAGGAUCAUUCAACUUUAGAAACGCAUUUGCUCCAUUCAACGAUCAGCUUCCUACCCACUUCAUCUACCAACCCGCAGACUGCCGCUUGUUCUACACCGCCGAGAUGCUUGCCAAGCCCGAACUGCUCUGGGUGAACGCCGCCAAUGCCGCCUGGGCCAAGGGAGCAUGUGCCUACGCGAGCACAUCUCACAAGGCCAUCAAGGCUGCCAGCACCCCAUCCUCGGGAUCUGUGGAGUCUGCCCCGACUUCUACAACGGCCCCUAAGGCAACCUCUACUGCAGCAUCCGACGACCACAAGACAGAGUCGUCUGAUGACACAGCUGCUCCUAAGAAGAAGAAGACCCAGUCCCCAGCCCACAAGGCACUUGGCCUGCUAUUGGCCAUGGCCGAGGGAUUGAGGCCGCAAUAAAUGAUUUGUUUGUUUAGAAAGGGAUAUGUACCCAAAUAGACUGGGCUUGUAUAUAGAAAGAUUUAGUCAUCGGAUAUACCAUUUCAAUUUUUAGUUCAUUUUACAAUUUU